GCUUGGGCUGUCUUGGCGCCUAAUUCCAGUGGCCUACAAGACCGCACAGCCUCAAACGCGGACGCGGCUAAUGAUAUCACCUGAGUGUUUGAACUCCCGAGACAAAGCCAAAGCCUCUAGCAGUCACGAGAGGCAGCCGUCUCCCUUGGCUUGGACAGUCUCAAACCGCGAUACCUACCCAGCCUGCAGUCCUCCGCCAGCCGUCUUCAUACCAACAAUACCCGGCAUCUGACGGAUCAGCCUAGAACGCCCCUAAGUCGAUACGCCGUCGCGGUCAUCAUAUUAAUCUUACUAGUAUUUACCCAGCAACUGUAAUCAACCAGGGACCCCACAGCUGCCUUAUUCGCUGCGCUUGGAGGACACGAGUUUCUCGCAACACAUCAAGGCUUCACAGCAGUCAAGCCCACCAUGUGCCUCAUAUUCACCUGCGGGGAGCAUACGUUCCGCAAACAAGUCGAAGGUUAUGAGGGCGUCGUCUGCCGGUGUCAUAACUGCGGCAACUACUCGGGCCAUGUAAUCAAGGAGCACCCGUGGUUUACAUUCUGCUUCAUCCCGGUGGUGCCCUUGUCCAUCAAAGGCUACGAAGAUGUCAAAUGCCAGGUCUGCCAAUUCUCGCAGCCCGUCCAGCAGCGCCCUGAUGUACAGUCCAUGAAAAGGGACGCGGGCGGGGGCGUCCCAUUACAGCAACAACAGCCGCCGCCGCAACAAGGCGGCCACCAGGGUUGGGGGGGACAACAACCUCCGAGAAACGAUGGGAUGAGGUAUGGAUAGUCUCUUCUGGCCGGCUUCGCGAUGACAGUUGUUUGUUCCAGUGCGCGUCGGAAGUUGGGGGGAAAGGGGGGGGGGGGUCGCACUGGCGAUGCAGCACCUGGCGAGGGACGGUCCGAAUGACGACGAGUCGAUAUCGAGCAAGUGUGACGCGGAUGCUAGAGAUUGCACGAUCCAGCGCUUUCAAGGGGACUAAAGGGACCUGUGGGACACUGUUAUUCCAGGAAAGGAUACCUUAUACAAGUAUUGUAAUUUGUUAUUUUCAAGCCGUAUUUCUCGCCUCGUGGGUCAUGUCUGCGACGGUCUGGCCUUGGCUGCGCCAACCGCUACUGGAAGGUCGAGAUUGAAUCCAAGUGAGAGGUGUUAAUGGCCAGUGGAUGAUAUUGCUGUUCCUGGGAGACCCAGCAGAGCCUAGAUGAGGGUGUCUCAGUGCCACCACGCGAGCCUGGCACAAGCCCCAGACGUUUCCGCCAGAAACAUCCAUAAACCCAAAAAUACCCUGCCCGGAUCUGCAACAGCAAUAUCUACUCUUAUAUAAAUCAUGAGAAAUGUUAGGUCAUGCUAUCGGUAAACUCUUC